AUGACUUCUAAUAAUUAUAUCAACUCUUAUCAAUUUACUAAUGGCACCAAUGGUGUAAAUAAAGGAAAUGUUCAUGCUCAAACUACUCAAAAUUCCACUCAAAUCACUUCCUCAUCUUCAACAGCAAUAACUAAUACUAAUACCGUUUCAAAGUCCCAAAAUAAUGAACAAAAUCAAACUCCCAAUAGUGGUUUGACUCAUACACCCUCUGUGAGAAAAAAAGGCAUUAAAGACUUUGAGAUUGGCAGAACUUUGGGCGAAGGUUCUUAUUCAACUGUGAUGUUUGCAAGGGACCGUUCAACGGGACGAGAAUAUGCAAUGAAAAUACUUGAUAAGAAACAUAUUAUAAAAGAAAAAAAGGUUAAAUAUGUACAUAUUGAGAAAAAUACAUUGAAUAGAUUAAACCAUCCUGGGAUUAUUCGUUUAUAUUACACAUUUCAAGAUAAUUUUGUGCUGGAUCAUGCCAAGAAUGGCGAAUUAUUAACCUUUAUAAAAAAGCUUGGAUCAUUUGAUAUUAAUUGUACACAAUAUUAUGCUGCACAAAUCUUAUCAGUCAUAGAGUAUAUGCAUAGUCAAGGUGUAAUUCACAGGGAUUUAAAACCAGAAAACAUAUUAUUAGAUGAAAGAAUGCAUAUUAAGGUUACUGAUUUUGGAACUGCUAAAUUAUUAGAACAAAAUGAACACGGACUAGAAGAUGAUCGAGCAAAUUCAUUUGUGGGCACAGCAGAAUAUGUAAGUCCUGAACUUUUAAAAGAAAAAUCAGCUUGCAAAAGUUCAGAUUUUUGGGCACUUGGUUGUAUCAUAUAUCAAUUGAUUGCAGGUCGUCCUCCAUUUAAAGGUUCAAAUGAAUAUAUGACUUUUCAAAAAAUUGUCAAUCUUGAUUAUUCUUUUCCUGAAGGAUUUCCAAUAAUUGCAAAGGAUCUAGUUCAAAAAUUAUUAGUUAUCAAUCCAAGUGAACGUCUUGGACAUGGUGGCAAAGAGGGAGUUAUUAAACUAAAGUCACAUCCUUUCUUUAAAGAUGUAUCAUGGGACACUAUAUGGGAACAACCUGCACCAAAACUGCUGCCUUAUUUACCUCCCAAUCCAAAAGAUAAUGAAGCUGAAUUAAGAUCAACCAGUGCUUAUUUAAGCUUGUCAAUACAAAAUAGUGAUAAUGGUGGUAGUCCUGUAGUCACAGGUCUUAAACAAAGUGAUCCAUUCAGAUUAGAAAGUUUGGCAGAUGGCGAAGACAAUUCUGAAAAGGUUGAUCCAGAAAAGGCCAAAAAACUAGAAGAUCAAAAACGUACUUCUUCACAGUGGUAA